AUGGCGUCGCCAAUCCUCCCGGCAUUCACGGUACGACGGGGCGAGCCGGUGCUGGUGUCGCCCGCGGCGCCGACGCCGACGGAGACGAAGGCGCUGUCGGACCUCGACGACGCCGAGGGCAUGCGGUUCUACAGCUCGGGCAUCCACCUGUACCGCGCCGACCCAUCCAAGCAGGGCGUGGACCCUGCCGCCGUAAUCCGGGAGGCGCUGGCUAGGGCGCUCGUCCCAUACUACCCGCUCGCCGGCCGCAUCCGCGAGGAGGCUGGCAGGAAGCUCGUGGUGGACUGCGAGGCGCAGGGCGUCAUGUUCGUCGAAGCCGAUGCCGACCUCACCGCCGAAGACUUCGGGGACGUGCAGAGCCCGCCCUUCCCCUGCUUCGAGCAGUUCAUACUACUGGAGGCCACCACCGUCGCCGGCGUCGAGCCCGUCAUCGACCGCCCCUUGCUCUACAUUCAGGUGACGAGGCUCAAGUGUGGGGGCUUCAUCUUCGGGCAGCGGUUCUGCCACUGCAUGGUGGACGCGCCGGGCGGCAUGGAGUUCGAGAAGGUCAUCUGCGAGCUGGCGCGCGGCGAGCCCGGGCCGUCGGUGCCGCCGGCGUGGGGCAGGGAGAUGUUCAUGGCGCGGCAACCCCCGCAGCCGUCGUACCCGCACCCCGAGUACAGCGAGCCGGCGGGCGGCGCGGACAGGAUGCUGUCGACGCCGGCCGGCGACAUGGCACGCGUCCCGUUCUUCUUCGGGCCACGCGAGAUCGCGGGGCUGCGGCAGCGCGCGCCGCCGCACAUGGGCCGGAGCUCCCGGUUCGAGCUGGUGGCGGCCUGCAUCUGGCUGGGCCGCACGGCGGCGCUCGGGUACGGCGCCGACGAGGAGGUGCGCCUGUCCUUCAUCGUGAACGCGCGGGGCCGCGCCGACGUGCCGCUCCCCGAGGGCUUCUACGGGAACGCGUUCGCCUUCUCCGUGGCGGCGACCACGGCCGGGGAGCUGUGCGCGGGCGGGCUGGGAUACGCGCUGGAGCUGGUGAAGAAGGCCAAGUCCGCCGUGACGUACGACUACCUGCUGUCGGUGGCGGACCUGAUGGUGCUCCGUGGCCGGCCCCUCUUCGCGCUCUCCCGGACGUACAUCGUCUCCGACGUGAGCCACGCCGGGUUCAAGAGCGUGGACUUCGGGUGGGGCGAGCCCGUGUACGGCGGGCCGGCCAAGGGCGGCGAGGGGCCGUUGCCCGGCGUGACCAACUACUUCUCCAGGUCCAAGAACGGCAAGGGGGAGGAGGGCACGGUGGUGCCCAUCUGCCUGCCCAAGGACGCCAUGGACAAGUUCCAGCUCGAGGUCCAAGGCCUCACCGCAGAGAUCGUCUAGGCGCAAGUAUACCUACGUACGUCGUGUGCAAGUAUGCCUACCACUAUAACACAUACGUCAUCGCGUACCACAAAGUACCUCGCCAUUGGUGCCAAUGUGCCAUUCUAUCUCUGACAUAUUAAGACUUUCUCAUGUGCUUAUUUAAUCGUUUAUCUUUGUCUGGCAUGCACGAACAGUAUAACACAUUUAUAACAUGUUUUGUCCGUACAAAUUGUAUGUAUUUUUACUCGACUAAUAAGAAAUGAAAGGUGUCCUAGCAUA